AUGUUAUCUGUAAACCCUGAGGAGAUUCCUUGGGUCGAGACUGGAGCUGAGUUCGUUGUGGAGUCGACUGGUGUCUUCACCGACAAGGACAAGGCUGCUGCUCACUUAAAGGGUGGUGCCAAGAAUGUCAUCAUUUCUGCUCCAAGCAAGGAUGCACCUAUGUUUGUGGUGGGAGUGAAUGAGCAUGCAUACACAUCUGACAUCAAUAUUGUCUCCAAUGCUAGCUGCACCACCAACUGCCUUGCCCCUCUUGCAAAGGUCAUUCAUGAUAGAUUUGGAAUUGCGGAAGGUUUGAUGACGACUAUGCAUUCCAUCACUGGUAAUGGUAUGCCAGUUGCACUGUCACUGGAAUCAAAGUCCAAUAUUGUGGCCUAUGGUACAGUUGUUCAUGUCAAUGGAGAUGGAAAAUUACUUCAUGGUGUCCCGUUACCCAUGAAUUGCAUGCGCGUCUCGAUUGAUGAGGUUGUGGAGAAUCAGCAAGGUUGCCCUUUCCCAUUCCAAAUGAAUGUAACACCAUUGAUGACGCUAUAG